UGCUCUGUCAGAGAGAGCAUCUGUCAAGCCCACAUUUAAACUGCUGCCUGCCUGUGCAGCAGCUGAGGAACCGUGGAUUUCAUAUUAUAGACUAAAACCCCAUUAAAACUGCUCGAAAUCCUUCCCGCAGCUGCCAGGCAACAACGAAAGAAGAGAGGUAAAUCUUAUGCUUUUCCAAUACAACUGAAGCACCACAUUUUAGCUCUGGCUGCUUUACAUUGCAGCUCAGUGUUAUUACUAGAAAUAUGGAUACUGAGGCGAGAACACAGCACUGCAUUGUCCAGCCAGGAAAAUAGCAGAUGUAAAAAGCUUCAAUGCAUCAACUGUCGGGAAGAGUCAACAGUGCUACAAGCAGAACGGACAACUACAGCUCUUUUGUUUAACGAAAGAGAGAGAAAACGAAAGAAAGGGAAAAUUUCAGAAGACUAGGACCCAUAUGAACAAGGAGGGUAACUCGAAGACAAGCAGACAGAUGGACACUUUGGAUACUGUGAAAAGCAAUCGCAGGAGGCAGACUGUUGGGGGAUGUGCGCAUGUUCGAUAGCAUCUUUUUUGCUGAAGUGAUGGCGUGCCAAAAGUAUUUUCAGUGGGCAUAAUCCUCUUCACACAAAUGGCCUGACCAAGGAAGAAUGACUACAAGAGAGACAAUGUGACUGAAUUAGAAAAUGAUUGCCAAAGAAUAGUAUUAAGGAGAAGAAAACAUUUUUGGUCACCAAUCUCUCAUAUACCACUACCGGACAUUUACAACAUGCUUCAGUGGAGGAGAAGACACUGCUGCUUUGCAAAGAUGACCUGGAAUGCCAAGAGGUCUCUGUUCCGCACUCAUCUCAUUGGAGUACUUUCUCUAGUGUUUCUUUUUGCUAUGUUUUUGUUUUUCAAUCAUCAUGACUGGCUGCCAGGCAGAGCUGGAUUCAAAGAAAACCCUGUGACAUACACUUUUCGAGGAUUUCGGUCAACAAAAAGUGAGACAAACCACAGCUCCCUUCGGAACAUUUGGAAAGAAACGGUCCCUCAAACUCUGAGGCCUCAAACAGCAACUAACUCUAAUAACACAGACCUGUCACCACAAGGAGUUACAGGCCUGGAGAAUACACUUAGUGCCAAUGGAAGUAUUUACAAUGAAAAAGGUACUGGACAUCCAAAUUCUUACCAUUUCAAAUAUAUUAUUAAUGAGCCUGAAAAAUGCCAAGAGAAAAGUCCUUUUUUAAUACUACUAAUAGCUGCAGAGCCUGGACAAAUAGAAGCUAGAAGAGCUAUUCGCCAAACUUGGGGCAAUGAAAGUCUAGCACCUGGUAUUCAAAUCACACGAAUAUUUUUGUUGGGCUUAAGUAUUAAGCUAAAUGGCUACCUUCAACGUGCAAUACUGGAAGAAAGCAGACAAUAUCAUGAUAUAAUUCAACAGGAAUACUUAGAUACGUACUAUAAUUUGACCAUUAAAACACUAAUGGGCAUGAAUUGGGUUGCAACAUACUGUCCACAUAUUCCAUAUGUUAUGAAAACUGACAGUGACAUGUUUGUCAACACUGAAUAUUUAAUCAAUAAGUUACUGAAGCCAGAUCUGCCUCCUAGACAUAACUAUUUCACUGGUUACCUAAUGCGGGGAUAUGCACCCAACCGAAACAAAGAUAGUAAGUGGUACAUGCCACCAGACCUCUACCCAAGUGAGCGUUAUCCUGUCUUCUGUUCUGGAACUGGUUAUGUUUUUUCUGGAGAUCUGGCAGAAAAGAUUUUUAAAGUUUCUUUAGGUAUCCGCCGUUUGCACUUGGAAGAUGUGUAUGUAGGGAUCUGUCUUGCCAAGUUGAGAAUUGAUCCUGUGCCCCCUCCCAAUGAGUUUGUGUUCAAUCACUGGCGAGUCUCUUAUUCAAGCUGUAAAUACAGCCACCUAAUUACCUCUCAUCAGUUCCAGCCUAGUGAACUGAUAAAAUACUGGAACCAUUUACAACAAAAUAAGCACAAUGCCUGUGCCAACGCAGCAAAAGAAAAGGCAGGCAGGUAUCGCCACCGUAAACUACAUUAGAAAAGACAAUUUUUUUUUCAAAUGUGCAAUUUGUAAAUAUUGCUAAAAGCAUGUAUAGUUAGAACUGAUUACAUCCGUAGGACAAGUUUAAGUUAAAACUCACCACAUAAAGAAAUUCAAAAAGUAUUUUUUUAAUUUCUGAAGAAGUUAAGUCUUAAAACUAUAACAUUAUAUAACAAAAAAGCUGUCCCAAAAGAUCUAUUUAAAAAACUGUAUAAGGGGAUUCUGUGUAUUAACAUGCAAUAAUAAGCAUGCAUAAAUCAACGGUUCAAGUCCUCUGUUAGGGGCCAAUAAAAUGUAUCUGCAUACAUUUUCCACAUAAAUUUUAAUUUAAGAAAUGACAGUCAAAAGAUCCUUCAUUUUAGAUAUAGCUUUUCAUUUUAAUAUAUAAUUAAAUGUAAAUAAAACAUCACUAUCAAUUUUAAGAAAACUUUGUAAUUGUGCAGAGGAUAAAUUUUUUGACCUGACUAUUUUAGGGUUCUAAAUGCAAUAAGAUUUAGUUGAGUUAUUCCACAAACACAUUAUAAAGUUCAGAUGUUUCAUCAAUGCAGUUCUCAUGAAAGUAUUUACUUUUUAAAAAUAACUGAGAUAUUCUUUUAAAUUUCUUUUAUUAAUACAUAUAUCGGGGAAAAUUAUUUUGACAUGACGUGAUAAAAUGUGAAAAACUAAUGUGUCUCAGGCUCAAGUUUUUAGUUAUUAAAUGUUUCAAAACAGACAAGUUUUGUUUCCUCAUUGGUGUUAAGAACCAAACUGCUAUUUCAAUGAGUUAUUCAAUUAGACCAAUUACUGCACUUUUAAACAGCACCACCAUUUAAUUUCAUGUAUAUCUGACUUCGAAUAUAUCUGUAAAGAUAAUCGAAGCAAAAUUAAUUACUUAAAGGCACAAAUAGGAUGUACUGUUGAAAAAAGAUAAAGAGUAUGGUGCAGUUUCAUUCAAUACAUUUUUAAGAUGCAUGUCUGCCAAAAUGUAACAUACGGGAAGUUUACUUCCUGACAGCAGGUGUACACAUACCAAUACUUAACCAUUUUAUGGCACCUAUUUCUUUCUUGGAGUGCCAAGUUUACAAAUCUGCAGUUUUUAAUUUGGUAGAUGACAAAUAUUCUGAAUCACCAAUUAAAAACCCUUUGGGGAGGGAUGGGGAAAACUAUAAAUGUUUGACAAACACAAUUCUAGGAUGAACAAUGUAUACAAUGCACUUUUAUCAACUUUUUAAAAAUAAAGGAAAACAAAAAACUUUA